CGCCGACAUCAUGGAUUACCAGAACCGCGCAGGCUCCAAAUUCGGCGGCGGCGGCGUCGCCUCCCAAUCCGCAACCAACGCCGACCGUCGCGAGCGACUGCGCAAGCUCGCGCUCGAAUCAAUCGAUCUCGACAAAGACCCCUACUUCUUCAAGAACCACGUCGGUAGCUUUGAGUGCCGACUUUGCCUAACAGUCCACCAAAAUGACGGCUCCUACCUAGCCCAUACGCAAGGCAAAAAGCACCAAACGAACCUCGCCCGCCGAGCGGCGCGCGAGCAGCGUGAAGGCCGGAACCAGGACCCUUCAUCUUUGCCUGGCGUUAUGGGCGUGCAGGUCAAGAAGCAGAUGAUCAAGAUUGGCCGGCCCGGAUACAAAAUCACCAAGAUUCAGGAUCCCCUGACUCGCCAGCUUGGUUUGCUAUUCCAGUUGCAAUACCAGGAGAUCACGCCUGGUGUUGUGCCCCGCGUCCGUAUCAUGUCGGCUUUUGAGCAGAAAAUCGAGGAGCCUGAUAGUCAUUAUCAGUAUCUGGUUGUUGCUGCGGAGCCGUACCAGAGCUGUGGGUUUAAGUUGCAGGCUAAGGAGAUUGAUCGUCGGGAGGAUCGGUAUUGGACUUGGUUCGAUGAGGAUAGCAAGGAAUUCUGGGUGCAGAUUAUGUUCAAGACUGAGCGUGAGGAGCGGUUCAGUGGUGUGCCUGGUUUGGCGCCUAUGCGGGAUUGAUUGAUAUUUUCUCUUCGCUAUCUACUCUGUCUUUCGGAUGACAAAAUAUCGUUGUCUCUUGUCUCUAUGGUGGGAAUUGGGACCAGGCGUUUGGGGGUUCCAUGUGCAUAAUUUGUUUACCUCGAGCGAUUGGCUUUAUGGCAAUUGACGUUCUACUUAUGAUGGC